AACAGCACAAGACUACAUACACACCAUAGUGGGGGUCAUCAGCAAACACCAUGACACACAGAAAACGUCUUCAUCUGAAAGAUCAUGGAUGACAGGAUGAGAUUUACUGACAAUAAUGUGAUAACUGUCGAGUAAAUUUUGAAACUUUCUGUAUUACUAAUUUGUUGUUUUAUUCACCUAUAUGGGACACAAAAGUUACCUGAAGGAAAUGACACAGGUGAGAGAAGACCGGAUGGCGUUGGGAAGGAUUACUUUGUUGUUGUUGUUGAUCGUUGUGUUGGGUACGGGUGUGUGUUUGGGCCAGGAUUACUGCGUGGCGAAGACGUCGCGUUGGAACGUCGACGCUGACGUCCACUUCGCGCUCAUGAUGAGUCUGAGGAAGGCAGACCGCUGCGAGAUGAUAUCGGGGGAGUCCAUACAACAGUACGCAGCGGCCGCCUGGGUGGUGGAGACACUCAAUCAAGGCUACCCGAACGAUUCUUACAUACCCGGAGUGAAAUUUGGGUUCGAGUUAUACGACGACUGUCAGACUCCAAUAUAUGCCGCUCGCAAUGUCCUCCAGAUUCUGAACCCUACUCUAGCAAAGGAGAUAACCGAGUGUCAUAUCACCCAAAACACGUCUUUAUUUCUAGGAAUAGUUGGGCCCAGUCGAAGUUCAACAUCAGCGGAAGUGUCUCGCCUAAUGAGGAAUUCUGGGAUACCUGUAGUGAGUCCAUCAGCCACUGCCGUGGAGCUAAGCAACAAGACGCUGUAUCCAACAUUCUUCAGGACAGCCUUCCCCGACACCUACCAAAUAGAACCGAUAUUACAGAUACUGAAGCGGCUGACAUGGACCUACGUGGUCGUUGUUCACAGCGACGACAUCUACGGACGCUCGGCGGCCGCCAUGCUGCACGACCUCGGCCGGAAAGAGAAGAUUUGCUUCGUCAAGUCUUUAGAGAUAUCCAGCAAGACCACGGCCUCGGACGUGUUCCGCCAGCUGGAGGCCCUGAAACGCACGGCGCAGCAGGAAACCCUUGGAAUAGUCUACUUCGGCCAGAAGGACAAUGCCGAGAGUCUCAUGUACUAUUUCACAAACGUUGUGGUGAGCAAGAAGAUGUACUGGGUCAUGUCUGACGCCGUUGGCAGGAACCAAGAUGUGUUCGGAGGGAAGAAGGGCGUCAACGGAAUACUGACACUAUCGCCAGCAGGCACGCAUUUAGAAGGACUGAACAACUUCUACAAGACGAAGUUCAGCACAGAUCCGUUAUUUCAGACCUACCUUAAGAACUCCAACAUAAAACUCAGCGAACUGCAGAGACAGAAUGAUUACGUUCCUCUGUCAGUGGACGCCUUCUAUACGUUUGCCGUUGCGCUGAAGAACGCUCACCAGAACCUUUGCGGCGCCAGCCAAGGCGUCUGCGAUGAUCUCAGGAGACAGAUAGAGACACACGACUUCCUGCAGUUCGUCAGGAAUGUCAACGUAGACUACAGCGCCGUGGGUGCUCGUUUUGCGCCUGCUGAAUUUGUCCAGAGUAAUCGCAAGUUCAGCUUCGACAAGAAUUUCGAUGUGGUGAGGAAAGACGGUUCUCCCAUCUACAAGAUCAACUCUGUCGAUUUAAGUGAUGAAAAAAAGUUUGUUGAUGUCGGAACUUAUCGCACUACGGGACUAACGUUAAACACGCAUUUGAUUCGAAUGCAGAAAGGCAACACUGAAGUUAGUGGUGAUAACCUCCCGACGUCUCUGUGCCUAGGCAAAUGUUCGCAGUGUUCAGACUUCGGUCAGAUUCCUAUGGUGUUCUACCCUGGCGACGCGUACAUCCUCGGAAUAUUCUCACUGCACGGAAUUAAACAAGACAAUCCAUUCCAGUGCGAAGGUUUCCGCUCAGUUGCUAGUGACACGGUCAUCCUGGAAGCCUUUCUGCACGCAGUGCACCAACUAAACAAACUGACUGGUAUAAAAUUCGGCGCUGUCGUCUUCGAUGACUGCUACAGUCCCGUUCGAAUAACCAGCAUCUUGUCCGACUAUUAUUCUGGAUUCAGUUCCGUAAAUUCCGAACAGUUUAAGGAAAUGGUACCGAAGAAUAAAACGGUCGCUGUGAUUGGUCCACUUUCCAGUGGAGCGACCAUUCCCGUCGUUCAGUUCUUCAGUCGCUUGAACAUCCCUGUAGUUUCGUAUUCGGCGUCUUCUCCGGACUUGGACGAUCGAGUAAACUUUCCGAAUUUUCUGCGGACUGUCCCGAGUGACAUACAGCAAGCCAAGGUGAUGGUCGACAUCAUCCUGCAGAUGAAGUGGGAGUAUGUUGGACUGAUGUACGUUGCAAACAACUACGGAACGAAGGGUAAACUAGCCUUCGAAAAACUGGCAUCUGAAAGCGGUGUUUGCGUUGCCGAACCUUUCGCGAUUGCCGAAACUGACGACGGAGAGGUAGCCCUUCACGAAGUGUUGCGCAAGCUCCGACAACAGCAGGCCAAGGUGGUGGUUUUCUUUGGCAUAGACACCCUGUACUCUAGAUUCUUGGAAGUUGUUCUAAAAAAGAAGGCCUAUGGAGAUUUUAUCUUCUUGGCUAGCGAGGAAUGGGGCACCAAAGAGGCCCUUUUGAACACUGGGAAGAAGGCCGCACGGGGAUCGCUAACCUUAAAACUGGAAACCAUGAAACCCGCUUUUACCGGUUUUGGCGAGGCGCUCCUUUUGAAAAACCUUUCCACCAAUGAGGAAAAUCCGUGGUUCGAAGAAUUCUGGCAGAGCCAGUUCCAGUGCAACAUCGACGGUGGCUUCAACAACGUCUACAGCAGGACCUGUAACGGCAGCGAGAUUCUGACGCACAGCGUCAUCGACAGACACCUGAACGACCAGCGAGUGGACCACGUGGUGAACGCCGUGUACGCCAUCGGGCUGGGAAUCGCGAAGGCAAAGAAAGACCUGUGCCACGACUCGUCCCCACCGUUCCCGUGUAGAUUCUUCUACAACCCGAAAUACUCAAAACAGGUCUGGAAGUCAAUCCGUGGUGUCAACUUCCCAGGAGGGACACCCAUGUUUGACGAAAAUGGAAACGGAGCAAUCGGUUAUAAAAUAUACAACGUCCAGCAGAAGAACGACCAGUACGAAUAUGUUGAGGUUGGAACUUAUAACAGUGGUGUUUUGUCUUUGAAAACGGACCAGUUACGUUUCUAUAACGAGCUUGGAGACGCUCGCAGUACGAUAAGCUCGGUGUGUGACUACUCGGGUCUGUGCUCCCACUGUGUCCGUAAAACCUCACCGGUCGACCCUGGAUCGUCAGAGGUCAUCAGGCCGCUGGACAUCAUACUCAUCGUUGGUCUAGCACUUGUGUUUGUGCUUGUUGUCAUAGGAACCGUGUGCCUUAUCGUCUGUUUCAGGAGGGCCGCGACUGGAUUAAGCAAAGAUAUACAGAGACACUGCGGCGGUCAAGAACACGUCUACCAAGCUGUUUCAGACAAACGUGUGUAUCAGAACCCAGCACACCGUGAGCGUCAGGCUCGAUACAAUCACUCAGCCGCCAGCAUCUCAUUCAUGAACGGGAGUCAGGGGAGCCUCACUGACAUACCAAAUGGCGAGGUCAACCGGGGCUUUGUCGGUGAUAACCACACCACUCCCCCUGCGGCGCUGAGGUCUGUGUCACAGAUGACCCAAGUGAAGGACAACUACACCAGUAGUGGAGAUUCUGUUCCAGUGACCGUGUCCUCCAGUCACCCGUCCCUACAUGACACAGACAGCUGGGCAGCGCAGCACCUCUCCGGCACGCCAACCCCAACAUCGUCAAACAGUGUGUUGGUCCAGGCUAACCCCAGGAACUUCUCUGACAUUCAGACGGUGACCUCUCUUAAUAUCCCUAACGGUCAAAUACCUCAGCAGUCGUAUCUGAAUCCAGGCAUUCCUGUAAGACCUUCUGACCUAAAGUUGACGCCGAUGCAGAUGCAAAUGCAACAUGAUCUGUAUGAUCAGAACUGCUUUCCUCGAUCACAGUUUUUAUCCAUGUCGGAUUCGAAUCUACAUCUCAUAAAUGAAGCACAAAGCCCUGCGUCAAACCUUUCACUCCAGAGAACCGUGCGUGAGCAGUAUCUCCCCUCUUGUGAAAACGCAAGCUCCAUCUCUGGUGCAAAUUACACAAUGACGCCUUCUCUCUCACCGCCAACACUCUCGUCGCCAUCCGAAUCGGUCUUCAGCAGCCGAGCUCGACCCACUGACAUAGAGAUGCAGUUGUUACAAAAGCAGCAUCAACUUCAGCAGCUACAGCAGCAACAUUUCAACCAGCAACAGCAGUUGCAACAGCAACAGCAGUUGCAGCAACAGAAGCAGCAACAACAACAGCAGCAGCAACAGACCAAUUUUCAUACAUCUCCUGGAAGCACAACAAGGGCGGUAACAGGCAAUCAAACAUUUCCGCAACGAUUUGGAAUGCCUACAACGCCUGUCAGUGGAUCGUCUAAACCUCCUCUUCCUGCGAGGAACCAGGAAUCCCCGAGCUCAACAAAACUGAAUGGAAGCGUGGACUCUAUUCAUUCCGUUGGGCAGGACCCAUCUACAGUUUCAUCUCCAGACCACACGUUUGAUAGAGUUACUCUAGACCAUCACGGACUCAAUGCCAAAAUCUCCAGGGUUUGAAUUUUCUAAACACAGCACUGUUGUUAGAGACAAAACACUUGCGACAAUUGCUCAAAUAUUAGUCCAUUUUCUUUCUUCGUAACCUUGUGUAGUAGCAACAAAUCAUCUUUGGGUCAUCUUUCAAAAACAGAUAAUAAUAAUUAUGGUUAUAAAUUAUGUAUUAUAAAUGACUAUCCAAAAUCACUGCGACUAUUAUUUCGUAUAUUUUGUUCUCAGUGCUUAAAUACUGAAGUUUACGUUUUUGAAUUUUAUGCAGUUUUAUUGUGUGUAUGGCAGACGAUUCAUACAGAGUACAACUUUUUAAAGUUGAAUAAUAGAAAAACAAAUUCAUAUUGUUACCUACUGGGAAAGUGGUAGAGGAUAAUAACCAUGGGGGUAGAUUGUCCGACAGCAGUUUUCCACGGGGGAUUGUCCGCUGCUAACAGUAGAGUGUUUGACCGUGUUCACUUGUACUGAACACAAAUUUCCAUGUGCCUAACAGGAAAUCCUAUUCAAUAUGACUGUAUUUGUUUUAUAACAUGAGUGUAAUCACCAAAGGAUUAUUGAUAUGUUAUUUUCAUUUGCGUCUAUUGGCAUCUCAGUAAAGAUGUGGGGUUUUUUUUUAAAUAGUAUGAUUUACUACAAAAGGGCGACUUUGUGUUUUCUAUAUUGGAGUUUAUUACAUCGAGGUGCAGGACAUAACGUAGGAUAUUUUUCUGUAAACCACAAUGUCAAUUACACCUUUAGAGAGAUCAUGACCUCCAAUAAGCUGGUCAACAGGGCAACACUAUAUGACUCCGCAUAGAGAUUCACAUAAAAUGUGUACAUAUUGUUUAUUUCGAUUCAUACUUGAUUAAACCGACAAAUGUUUUAGUACAAAUUUGAAUGUGUUUAUAGCAUAAUUGAUUUUGUAAACGUCAUUGAAAAUGUGUGGUUUCAUUGUUAAAUCAGAUGACCGUUACACGAAGUCAUUCAAAUGAACACCCCAAUGUGGUGUUAUUUCAUAUUUCUCUUAUUUGUGUCUGGGGUAAUUUUACCGAUUUUGGUUCAGUGAUGUGCACUGUAAUGAACAGAAUACUCUUCUCUUCCCGUAAGAGACCGAUUAUAUUAGAACUGUUAUGUUUUCAGUCGUCCAUUACUCCCUUUGCGCUGUUUCUCGUUCCAGCCAGUGCAACACAACUGGUAUAUAUCAAAGGCGGGGGUAUGUGCUAUCCUGUAUGUGGAAUUGUGCAUAUAAAAGAUCCUUUGCUAUUAAUGGAAAAAAAAUGUAGCGGG